AUGCAGCUGAUCACCGUGUUGAGCAAACUUUUUGACGACUACUCGAAGACGACUGCAUCGAAGUUGAAGAUCAUCGAUGCCUACAUGUUCUACAUUCUACUCACCGGAAUCUUUCAGUUUGCCUACUGUCUUCUCGUCGGAACGUUCCCAUUCAACGCUUUUCUCUCGGGAUUCAUUUCAACCGUCGCUUCCUUCGUUCUUGCAGCCUGUCUCCGCAUGCAAGUCAACGACGAAAACAAAUCCGAGUUCGCUCACAUCUCGCCAGAACGAGCUUUCGGAGAUUUUAUUUUUGCUCACGUUUUGCUUCAUCUUGUUGUGACUAAUUUCCUCGGA